AUGGUCCCGCAGCAAACAGGUAGCAGGAAGCGGAAAGCGCCCGCCGAGAGCUUGUCGUCUCAGGGCUCCGCGGCGGACGCAGAGGGGCCGCUGCUGCCUAAGAAGCAGAAAGUGGUUGUGAGCGGCUCCCGCGACGGCACUGUGGCUCUGUGGCAGAUGGACCCCGACAUGUUCAAUGGCAGCAUCUCCUGGCAGAAUGACGCAGGGCUUCCUGUGUACACCCACAUCCGUCCGAGGGACAUGGAGACCAUCCCCAGGUCCAGCACCAGCCCCACUAACCACAAGGUGCGGGCCUUGGCCUUCAGCGGCAAGAACCAGGAGCUGGGAGCCGUGUCCCUGGACGGCUACUUCCACCUGUGGAAAGCCCGGAGCACUCUGUACAGGCUGCUGUCCAUCAGGCUCCCCUACUGCCGUGACAACGUGUGCCUGACCUACUGCGAAGAGUUGUCCCUGUACGCGGUUGGCUCUCAGUCCCAUGUCUCCUUCCUAGAUCCGCGCCAGGGUCACCAAAACAUCAGACCCCUGUGCUCCCGAGACGGCGGCAUGGGCGUGCGCUCGCUGAGUUUCUACCAAUACAUCAUCACCGUGGGCACGGGCCAUGGCUCCCUGCUCUUUUAUGACAUCCGUGCCCAGAAGUUCCUGGAGGAGAGGGCGUCGGGCAGCCCAGACUCCUGUCCUGGGCCCUCAGGAAGGAAGCUCAAGCUCACCUGUGGCAGAGGCUGGCUCAACCACGAUGACCUGUGGGUGAACUACUUUGGUGAUGAUUUCCCCAACGCGCUCUACACCCACUGCUACAACUGGCCUGAGAUGAAGCUCUUCGUGGCUGGAGGGCCUCUCCCUUCAGGCCUCCACGGGAACUAUGCAGGCCUCUGGAGCUAA